UGUUCUUCCAUAAUGAGACUUUAUAACAGAACGUCAGUCCUGGCAUCAAUCUAGUCUGAGAGCGACUUUUAGGACAGAGGACUACCGCUGUCGGACUGUUUUUCGGGCAAACUUGCUUUUGCUUCUCUUUUUGUGGACAUACAAGCUCUACGCUCGAAAUCAUCUGUAAAGAUGCUGCUCCUGCUACUUGGAAUCAUCUUCCUGCACCUCGCUGCUCUGGUUCUCCUCUUUGUGUCAACAAUUGUCAGCGUAUGGACAACAGGUGAAUCUGCCACAUCAGACCUAUGGACAAACUGUACUACCCCCACUACAUGUAACCCAGCAUCAACUGGAGAGUGGAUUCAGUCGGUCCAGGCUGUCAUGAUCCUAUCCAUCAUCUUCAGCUGCCUGUCUCUCUUCCUCUUCUUCUGCCAGCUCUUUACUUUGCAGAAGGGUGGACGCUUCUUCCUAACUGGAACCUUCCAGAUCCUUGCCAGUUUGUUUGUGAUGAGCGGAGCCAUCAUCUACACGGUGAUGAGUAAAGAUUGGGUGCCGGAGGGAAACUCAUUUGGCUACUCCUACAUCCUGGCGUGGGUGGCCUUCCCCUUGGCGCUGAUCAGCGGACUCAUCUAUGUCAUCUUGAGGAAGCGAGAAUGAGCCAUCACUCCAUCCCACUGUUCCCAGUAACCUCCCCCGCCCAACUGCAAGUGCUAUCAGUACCCCUCUGAAGUAUAACUCGUGACGCCCAACUACCAGUGGAGCCACCAGGCCAAAACACCCAGUUCACAGAAGGGGGGAUUAAUACCAAAAAUCAAACCAAAACACAAAAACACCAAUAAUGUCUCAGUUUAAAGAUGUAUAUAGUAUCUAUGGUUUAAAACAUAUUUAUAACACUUUUUACAUAUAUGUACAUAGUUUUUGUGUUGCUCUGUCAAUGGAUACUAUGAGCUUUAUUUUAGCUGAUUAAGUGCCUCAGUCUUUGUUUGUAAUGAUGAAAUAAUUAUAGACUAUUUUUGUUGUGGUUUUUUUUUUUUGCCUUUUUUGUUUCGGUAAUUGCCAAGUAAUAAGUGAGAGAGAAAAAAAGUGUUUCUUGAAGUAUACUAACCAAAGUGCAUGUAUAGAAAUAGAGAGGUUAAGUAAGCAUUUUCGACGGGGUUGCUUUACAAAAGAGUGGUAACAUCCAUGGAUGUAGCAUAGCCAUGAAUAUGGAUUUGGUCCUUUUCUAUUUGUGAAUUUGCAAGUUUAAGUGUAUUUGUUUUCAGUCUUUUUUCUAUUUCUUACUUUCAACAAAAGAUGGUGCUAUGUAUUUAUCAUUCCUAUUACUGAUAGCAAUCAUUUACAGCAGAGUUACUUUGUUAUUGUUUAGAGUCAAACAGCUUGCCAUUAAUUAAAGUGAGACUCAGGCAGCGGUGCACUUCUACAUCUAGUGCCUGGCUGCUUCUUUAGGGAACACAGCCGAUUUCACUUUGCAGUGUCUGAUUAUUUUUUUCCCCUCUUUAUCAGCUACUGUAAACGGCGGAUAAACACGGUUGGGGUGGUGCACUAAUGAAAUCGAAAGUCAUUUAGAAUGGAUUGUCAGUAUUAUUCUGCGAGUUUAUAGUCAGAUCACAGAGAAAGAACUUUAAAUAAGCUUUUAUUUUUCAACUCUGUUUGCCUUAAUUUUCCAUCAUUCUGAUGUUUGUGUUCGCUUCGUGCAUAUGGCUGUUCAAUUCUCAAGAAGAAGUCUUUGUAGAAGAAUAUCAGAAAGAGCAUAAUCACUGUGGGGCAUUAUACCUAAAGGAAGAAGUUAUACAUUUAACGCUACUACAAUAAAUGCCACCGAGUUGAAGCCAUAUAAAAUAUGAGAUGAUAGGAAAAACAUGACUGAAAUAUUAACUCUAUUAAGUGAUAAAAGGACAGAGAGGUUUGCAGUAAUGAUACAACUGUCUGUUUCACAUACUUGAAGUUUGACAUGCUGCAGUCUCUGCCCACUGACGUUUAGAUGGUUUUUUUUGUCUACUGUAUGAAACCUUUUACUGUUUAUAAGUUGUGCAUAACAGAUGUUUAUGACAAUCUAGCCUAAAACACUCACUUACUAAAUAAAACUACUUUCACAUUAUCUAAUACUGUGUAUUCCACUGUUACAAGGGACUGUAACACUUUAUGCAUGUAAAGUAAACUGUUACAUUUUGCAGAAGUCAUUUUGCUGUUUGCCCGUAAACUUUGAGACACACUUUUCUGGGCUACAAAAGCUUAAUGUGGAAAAUGAUGAUUACUACCCAUGUGUCGUGGCAUAUUUGCUAUAACUGACGUGUGUGAAACCGUAUGAGAUCAGUCGAAGACAUCGGCCACUGAAAUGCAGCCUGUAAAUGUCUGUGUGCAAUCUAGCCAGUCAAACCUAGCUUAGUGCAUGGGGUUGCAAAUGCUGUAUGCGACUUGUGUCACCCACACGGCGCACUAUGCCAGCUAUUUAAAACACGCAGAUAGCGUUUCAGUGUAUACUGUGUCUCUCGUGACAUCAGAAAUAAGAGGACUGGGGGCAUGUUCUGAACACUAAUGAGAAAGCAUCUGUCCUCCACUUGAUGCCAUCUCCUCUGAGAUCCUCUCCCCUUCCAAAAAAGAACUACACUGUGGUGGAUUCAAGUAUUUCAUUCUGAGCUUACACUAGAUAAUAGUCUGCUAUGGUUUUUCAGCAUGAUGCUCUUCAUUGGGUCCAGUUAGAAGAGACUGCCUCUAAUGACAACUGCCCUCUUGAUUAUUUUGUGUAAAGCUGCCACUUUCAGCUGUGCUAUGUUUACACCAAAACCAAAUGCUCUUGAUAUUACCAAAGCUACUUUGAAUUUAACCAUUAAAGGAUGAUUCUUGCCACCUUAA